CCCAACAAGAGGGACCCUAGAAGGAAUCGACCUCCAAUCCAACACGUAACACAAAGUUCCAGACCAGGUGUGAGCCCUGUGUGCGAUGCAAAGCCCUCAACGCCACUCUCUCAUCAAAAUCAAUCCCUUCUCUUCCCGUUAACGGCCAAACCGAAAAUUGCUGGCUCCUUCAUAAUAACACACACAACCUUUCUCUCUCUCUCUCUCUCUCUCUCUCUCUAUUCAGCAUAAGAAUUAUCGACACUUUCACUUGACGAAAAACCCAAAAGAGAGAGGCCUCCGCGACGAUCUUCUCAAUUCUCUUUCUCAUUGAUUAAUACUCAAUAAUCUCUCUCUCUCUUCGCUCUCCUCUCAUUCGAAGGACGACAACCGAAGACUCUAUCUUCGAUCGCGAUCUUCUCUCUCCGGCGAUCUCUUUCACACUCCGAGAUAUAUUUUGAUCGAGUUGUUGAAUUGAAGAUCUGUUUAUUUGAAUUGGUGGAGAAUUUGGAGAAUGACUUCGCUUUCUCAUUCUCCAAUCCAGUUUACUGGAAAUUUAGCUUCUGGAAAUCCUGUUUCGGAUCUUCUGCGUAGCUCGAGUAAUGGUAUUGUUGGUGUGCCUUUGAAAGCCCUAGGGAGGGCUCGAUUUGGAGCAAUAAGGAGGGACUUUACGGUCUCUGCAAAGAUUAGGAAGGUAAAGAAGCAUGAGUACCCUUGGCCCGAUCAUGCGGAUCCGAAUGUGAAGGGCGGAGUCCUCAGUCAUCUCUCGCCUUUCAAGCCUUUGAAAGAGAAGCAAAAGCCGGUUACUUUGGCCUUUGAGAAACCUCUAAUGGAUCUGCGAAAGAAGAUAAUCGAUGUACAAAAGAUGGCUAAUGAAACCGGUCUGGACUUCAGUGAUCAGAUUAUCUUACUUGAGAAUAAGUACCAUCAGGCUCUGAAGGAUCUGUAUACACACCUGAUUCCCAUACAGAGAGUAAAUAUUGCUCGGCAUCCUAACAGACCAACUUUUCUUGAUCACGUGUUUAAUAUUACUGAAAAGUUUGUGGAGCUUCACGGAGAUCGAGCCGGUUAUGAUGAUCCUGCCAUUGUCACUGGUCUCGGAACUAUAAAUGGUAGAAGUUACAUGUUCAUGGGUCAUCAAAAGGGCAGAAAUACGAAGGAGAACAUUCAACGCAAUUUUGGGAUGCCCACUCCCCAUGGUUACCGCAAGGCAAUGCGCAUGAUGUAUUACGCAGAUCACCAUGGAUUCCCUAUUGUUACUUUCAUUGACACUCCAGGAGCAUUUGCCGACCUGAAAUCAGAGGAACUAGGCCAAGGUGAAGCCAUAGCUCACAACUUGAGGACUAUGUUUGGUCUCAAGGUGCCAAUUAUUUCCAUUGUUAUUGGGGAAGGUGGUUCUGGUGGUGCUCUGGCCAUUGGCUGUGCUAAUAAAUUGUUGAUGCUCGAAAAUGCAGUUUUCUAUGUUGCCAGCCCAGAAGCAUGUGCAGCAAUCUUGUGGAAAAGUGCCAAAGCUUCUCCAAAGGCUGCUGAGAAGCUUAAGAUAACUGCAGGAGAGUUGUGCAAGCUACAAAUUUGUGACGGAAUUAUACCGGAGCCACUUGGUGGUGGUCAUGCUGAUCCACAUUGGACCUCACAACAAAUAAAAAUUGCAAUUGUUGAUGCAAUGGACGAGCUUACAAAGAUGGAUACACAAGAGUUGUUAAAACAUCGUAUGUUAAAGUUCCGAAAACUUGGCGGCUUCCAAGAAGGAAUUCCUAUAGAUCCAAAAAGGAAAGUCAACAUGAAAAUGAAAGAAGAGCCCAUUUUUAAGCCUGGAAAGACUCUAGACCUGGAGCUGGAGGGUGAAGUUGAAAAACUUAAACAGAAAAUUCUGAGAGCCAGUGAGUCAUCUACUGAGUCUCCAGAGUUGGGUCUGAAUGAAAUGAUAGACAAACUGAAAAGAGAAGUUGAUCAUGAAUUUUCUGAGGCAGCUAAAGCCAUGGGCUUGAAGGACAGGUUUGUGAUGCUUAGGGAAGAAUUUGCAAAAGCAAGGAAUUCUAAGGACCAGCCCAUGAAUCUGGAUCUGAAGGACAAGAUCGAGAAGCUCAAGGAUGAGUUCAACCAAGGUUUGCCAGGAGCUCCUAAUUAUGCGAGGCUUAAAUAUAAGCUUGAUAUGUUGGAGGAAAUAUCUAAAGCCAAGAAUCUGUCCGAGAAUAACAACAAAACAGGCGCGUUAAAACAGGAAAUCAAUAAGAAAUUCAAGGAGGUUUUGGAUCAGCGUGAUAUGAAAAAUAGGAUCGAUGCGCUGAAAAAGGAAAUCGAAGACUCUGGGAUAUCCACAUUUGCAGAAUUAAACCAGGGGAUGAAAGAGAAAAUCUUGCAGGUGAAGGAAGAGAUAGAGACAGAAUUUGCUGAUGUUCUUGAAUCCUUGGGUUUGCAUGUUGAGCCGCGUUCAUUCUCAGAUGUCAAGGAUAAGAUAGAGGAACUUAACGAAGAAAUUAACCAGGUAAUUGAAGAUGUUAUCAAUUCAUCGGAUUUGAAGAACAAGAUAGAACAGUUGAAAUUGGAGGUAGCAAAGGCAGGAAAGACUCUUGAUUCAGAGUCAAAAAGUAAGAUUAUGGUUUUGGAACAACAAAUAAAGCAGUGUAUUGCAGAGGCUAUGGAUUCCUCGGUAUUGAAAGAGAAGCAUGAGAAGCUGAAGGCAGAGAUUUCUGAAGCCUUGGAAUCUUCUGGGGGGUUGGAUGCAAGUUUGAUUAAAGGAAAUGUGAAAGAAGGCAAUUCCAAGUUUGACGGGUCAAGAGUAGAGGUUAAUUUCGAAGCGAACCGCAGCUUUGCUUGAUCACAGGCAAAGAUGAUUUAGGAACCAAUCACGGAGAUGAAUUCAUCCUUUGGAACUGCACAAAUGACUUCAAAACAAAGUCUCAUUUCAACCUCUAUUCCUGACACCAUCUUCUCCAAAGAGUCAGCAAAAUUUUGCAUUUGCAGGAACACAAGAGUGGCACAGGUUAUGUGCUUGUUUUCAAACUGAAAUUUUCCCCAUUUUGAUUUAGUUUAUCUCGUUUUAUCAGGGUUUUUUUUCACCCCUUCUUUUAUAUACAUUUUCCUUAUUUAUUUAACUGGGUAGAUUGUGUUGUUUCUCCUCCUACUGGUAGAAACAGAACUAUGUAUAAAUUGUGUGUGCAAUAGCAACGUUAAAAGCACGAUGGGAGGGUAUUGCUCUUGUCCUUGGCUGAUUUUUAAUAA